GAGCCACCACUACCGGCAAGUUAAGAAAUGAAACUGAAAUCAGCUGAUAGUGACAUCAGUCAGCAUAAAUGUACCAAAGUUCAGAACUGUUUACUUGAGUACAGCGUCGAAUGUGAGCAGGUCAUAAGCUCAGCGCUGCAUUUAAGUGCCCUUCACCGCUCCCCGUGUCCUCCGGAGCCUGACACCAGGAAGCCUCCAGAAGGAAGGAUCAGCUGAACCUGACUUCCUGUGCCUCCUGUUUAUGAGUGUUUCUGUGGGUCCCGCAUCUUCUCUUUGGUCCUUUGAAUGGAGCUCCUGCUAUAGACUGAAUGCUUAUAUCCACCAGAAUUCAGAUGCUGACUCCUACCCCCAACGUGACGGCAUUAGGAGAUGGGGCCUUUGGGAGGCGAUUGGUCAAGGGCAGAAUGGGAUUGGUGCCCUUGUAAAGAGGCCUCAGAGAACUCCCUGUCCCUUCCACUGUGUGACGGCACUGCAAAAUGAUGACCAUCCAUGACCCAGGAAGCUCUCACCAGACCUCAGGUGCCCGGGAGGGCGGCCCUGCCGACGGCAGGAGAAAAUGACGGUCCUGAAGCCGCGGUGGGGCGACCAGCUGCUGUUCCUGGGCAUCGUGGUCCUUGCGGUCGUGGUCAUCUCCCUGCUGCUCUACGCUCUGCUCUGGAAGACCGGCGACCUCACUGACUUGCCCAACCUCAGAAUCGGCUUCUACAACUUCUGCCUGUGGGAUGAGGCCACUGGCUCCCUACAGUGCCUCCAGUUCCCUGAGCUGGAGGCCCUGGGGGUGCCUCGGGCCGGCCUGGCCCUGGCCAGACUGGGUGUGUAUGGAGCCCUGGUCCUCACCCUCUUUGUCCCCCUGCCUCUCCUCCUGGGCAGGUGCAAUGGAAACCAGGAAGAGUGGCAGCUAGCAGUGGGCUUCCUAGCCAUGUCCUCUCUGCUGCUGGCCAGCGGCCUGGGCCUCUUCCUCACCUACACGUGGAAGUGGAUCAGGCUGUCCCUCCUGGGCCCUGGGUUUCUAGCUCUGAGCACCGCCCAGGCCUUACUCAUCCUCCUGCUUCUGGCCACAGUUGUGUUCCCUUGGAGGGGGGAGGACAAGAGCCAGCUUGAGAGCUGCUAGUUCUGCCAAAGGCUUAUAUGACUGCAAGGGUUCAAUUUGAACUAUGCCCAGAGAAGGUGCCAGAGAACUCAUGCGCUGGGUGUCUCCUGAGCCAUCCUGUUUCAUAGCUAAUGCUGACCUCAAGCUCUAGAGGAGGGUUCCCAUUGCGGAGGGGGUGGGCACCCAGUGUCAAGGGGGCCAAGAGGCAGCAAGGGUGGCCAGGGCACCUGCAGCUUCUUCGUGUAGGACUGUCUGUCCCUGGGGACGUCCAAAGGUCCUAAGGACACCCUGGAACCAUGUAGCCACUGUCACGAGAAUUCCUGCUUUAACUGAUGGCUUUUAGGAUGCCAUUCUUCCUUGAUCCUCAGGGCAGUGGGGAUAAGGAUUCCCUCUCAUGGGGCCAGAUUUCCAGGAUGGUUUGCCGAAGGCCACACUGGAACCCAGUGAGGGUUUAGGGCAACAAAUAGGGAACAUUCUGAGAGAGCACCUGUUUCCCCCGGGGCCCUGGUGAGUAAGCUUCCCUGCUCCAUACCUGAGAGCGGCUGUGAUGAGCUGCUCUCCCGAGAAGCCACUCCCAAAGGCCCAGAAAUGAUCUCCAAGGGAUUCACUAAGACAGAGCACAUGGGUACAGAGAACAACAGCCUUGGUGGCUUUGAAGGUUUUCUUGAAAAAGCUCUUAGAUCUGAAGCCAGACAGAGCAAGGGAGUCAGCUGGUAAAUCAUUCCUGAUGUGACCUGGGAAUUCAGGAGCAGAACACGCUAAAUCCCUGGGUGAGAGAAGGUGGGCAGGACUGAACGGUUCCACGUGCGUACAAAUGCCACAUCUCUUCACUUCUCAACCCAGAACUGGAAAGGACUCAAACACAGCUUGUGUGGUGGGGAAUUGUGUGUAUUUUUCAGCACCUGUAUAUUGGAAAAUCUGUACAGAAGCCUCAUUCUGUCUGUAAAAGCCACAGUGAAUACAGAGGUAGAAAUACGGA